GCGGAGUCCGGCCGCCGCACUACGGCUCCCGGCAUGCCCACGCGGCGGCGCCGCUUGGACUGCGUUUCCCGACGUGCUCCGCGCGGCGGCGAGGGGCUGCUGGGAGAUGCAGUCGCGCUGCGUGGGCGGCGAGCGGGGUCCUGCCCCGAGGAAUGGCUGCGGAUGUCCACAAGAGGAAAGGCGGGGAAGUGCCCGACGGGUCCCUGGCGCCGGGAGAUGGGCAGCACGCAGAGAGGUCCGAGAGCCCCACGCCAGGGCUGGCACAGGGGACGGAGCCGGGGGCGGGCCAGGAGGGAGCCAUGUUUGUGCACACCCGCUCCUACGAGGACCUGACGAGUCCCGAGGACGGGGGGGCUGUGGCGCGGAGCCCGGAGGAGAGGCGGGGGGAGCCGGCCGAGCCGACCAGCAUGGAGCAGAUCAGCAAGGACUUCAGCGAGCUGAGCACGCAGCUCACGGGCAUGGCCCUCGACCUGGAGGAGGAGAUGAGGCAGGGCAAGGAGGGGAAGUUGGAGCCGUCCCCGCAGGCCAUGCGCCACGACUCGGUGCUGUCGGGCAAGGAGGAGGAGGACGUGACCAUGGACGCCUGGCGCAUGCAUCGGAAGCACGUCUUUGUGCUGAGCGAGGCUGGCAAGCCUGUGUACUCCCGCUAUGGGUCUGAGGAGGCCCUCUCCAGCACCAUGGGUGUCAUGAUGGCCCUGGUGUCCUUCCUGGAGGCCGACAAAAACGCCAUCCGCUCCAUCCACGCAGAUGGCUACAAGGUGGUCUUUGUACGGAGGAGCCCGCUGGUGCUGGUGGCAGUGGCGCGGACCCGGCAGUCGGAGCAGGAGAUCGCCCACGAGCUGCUGUACAUCUACUACCAGAUCCUGAGCCUGCUCACCUGGACCCAGCUCAACCACAUCUUCCAGCAGAAGCAGAACUACGACCUGCGCAGGCUCCUCGCCGGCUCCGAGCGCAUCACCGACAACCUGCUGGACCUUAUGGCCCACGACCCCAGCUUCCUCAUGGGUGCUGUGCGCUGCCUGCCCUUGGCCGCCAGCGUCCGGGACGCCGUGAGCACCAGCCUCCAGCAGGCCAAGGCCAAGAGCUUGGUCUUCUCCAUCCUCCUGUCAGGGAACCAGCUGGUGUCUCUCGUGAGGAAGAAGGAUCAGUUCCUCCACCCCAUUGACCUCCAUCUGCUCUUCAACCUCAUCAGUUCCUCUUCCUCCUUCCGGGAGGGCGAAGCCUGGACUCCCAUUUGCCUCCCCAAGUUCAACUCCAGUGGCUUCUUCCACGCCCACAUCUCCUACCUGGAGCAGGAGAUGGACCUGUGCCUCCUGCUGGUCUCCACUGACCGCGAGGACUUCUUCACCGUCUCCGACUGCAAGAGGCGCUUCCAGGAGCGCCUGCGGCGGCGGGGGGUGCACCACGCUCUGCAGGAGGCCCUUCGCACCCCCUUCUACAGCGUGGCCCAGGUGGGCAUCCCCGACCUCCGGCACUUCAUCUACAAGUCCAAGAGCUCGGGGCUCUUCACCAGCCCUGAGAUCGAGGCGCCCUACGUGCGGGAGGAGGAGAAGGAAAGGCUCCUGGGGCUCUACCAGUACCUCCACAGCCGGGCUCACAACUCGUCGCGCCCCCUGAAGAACAUCUACUUCACGGGCCCACGUGAAAACCUCCUGGCUUGGAUGCGUGCCCAUCCCCAUUUCUUCACCCAGGUCACCAGCGCCUUCGAGCUCUACAUAUGCUACAGUCCCCUGGGGACCAAGGCGGGCGCCAUCAGCGCUGUCAACAAGCUCAUGAAGUGGAUCCGCAAGGAGGAAGACCGACUCUUCAUCCUCACGCCCCAGACGUACUGACGGGCAUCUCCCAGGGCACGGUGCCAGAUGGGGCACCCCGCGGCGCUGGGCGACCCGGCCCCGGGGGAGGCGCGGGCUGUGAGCCAGGGGAGAGGGCACGGUGGGACCCCGAGAGCACGGGGAAACCCGCCCGUGGGACUGUCAGCCGUGGGUGUGGGAGAUGGGGUGCGGAGCUGCCCGGGGACUGGGGUGAGCAGGGCUUUCUCGCACCUGCAGGCAGUGCCCCCCUCGCCUGGGGGGGGCUGCCCUUCCUCUGCGAUCCCCGGCUCCAUCCCUUUUUUGCUGCUGCGCCCGCAGAGGGCGGGUGACACCACCCAGCUGGGGACGGGGCUGGCUGGGGGGCACUGCCAGCGCUGCUCCUCUCCCUCCUUUGGGGGAGCCGGGUCCCCGAAGGCCAGGCAGCCCCCGAUGGUCCCGGGCUCCUGCCCUGGCUGGGAGCCAGGGGGUUUGUCCCCUCGGCAUCUGCGUGUGCCCGCACCCUUCCCAGCGCGGCCACGCCGAGGCUGUCACGUCCUCGGGAGGGCGGGGAGGCAGGGUGGUAGGUCAGCCUGCCCCGGCUGGGGCGCUGGGGUCCUGCCCGUGGGGACGUGGAGCAGCCCCCGAGAGACGCAGGGUGCGGGGGUGUCAGUCGCUGUGCUCGUGGUGCUGGCUCCAAACGGGCAGCCCCGACGCGGCUCCCUCAGAGCCCUUUCUGGCACGGGGCCGCGGUGGGACUUCACCUUGUCAUGGGGUCCCCUGAACCCCCCCCCCCCCAAAAAACAGCCACUCAAGCUGGGCUUGCUGUGCAAGGCCCCCUCCUUCCUGCUGCCACCGGGCACCGGCGUGGGGCUGAGCACCCCCAGGCGCCGCGGCAGCCGGGUGCCCCCUGCGAAGCACAGCCCGACGCUGCCUUUGGGGGCUGCCGGCCGUGCGCCGGGGCGGGUGUUCGAGGAGGGGGAGAGCCCCCACGGAGACCCCGAGGGAGCCGGGAGGAAUCCGGCAGGGCUCGCGGGGGGGACCCCGCUCCCGUAGUUGUGCUCCUGCCAGGCUGUAAUCGCUCGUCUCUGCUCAUAAACGUUAUCUGGACCCG